AUGUCUGCCCAGAUAUCGGCAAACAAUGGGGUUCCUGAAACCAUCGUCAAGAUGUGGGAAGAUGAGUUUGAGCUUCUAAGGCCCCUCGUCACCCGUGUCGAAACAGACUUCUCUCGUUUCAUAAUGCUCGUUGCUCAACUCGAAGUCCAGGCUUACUACUAUACCUCACCCGCUGACCAGCGUCCCAAUUUCACCCUCAAUACUCUCCGCACAUACAAUACCUCACAGAAUCUUAUCAACACAGCCCUCACGCUCGAGUCAACGUGCCAACUACUUACCCACAGCCCCCACUGGGUCUAUCGUGCUUUAGUCGAUGCCAGCUGCAUCCUCUUAUCCACGCUACACUCCACUGCUGCUCCGCAACAUCCCUCAUCCUCAGACGCUGAAGUUGUCGCUGCGCAGGUUCUAUCCCUUUUAAAAACCUGCUCAGUUCGUGACAAUGACCUCCCCACACGAGGUUCCAUCAUUCUUGAGACUUUCUGGUCUGUAAGGCAUUUGCUCCCUAAGUGGGACAUUCCUGUCGGUGCAUGGCCGGAUCGUAUAGGUGCUGCCACAUCGUAUUGGUGUCUCACAGCCUUCAAGAAUGCGUUGCAGGAGGCCAAGAAUAUCACAGAGGGUACACAAAAAGGCAUUGAUGCCUUUCGUAAGUCUACACUCUUCGUUCGAUGGAUUGGGAUUGCUCACAUGUGGCAACUAGAACAAAGGUUCCCGGGGAACAACAACGGUGAUGAUAACGAUGGCAAUGCCAAUGCUAACACAGACAUCAAUGGCCAAGAACAGACUAUGGACAGUAGUGCCAUCGAUCCCCUCCAAGGAAUUGACUGGUCCAUGAUCAUUGAUGAUUUCGGCUGGAUUGGAGAGGGUCCCGUGUUUCUUGGGCCCGCAUAA